CCCACCUGCUGCGUGGCGGCACCGGAGUCCUCUUUCUCCUCCUCCCUCUUCUAGAUUUCCUUCUCUUUGAAAAGUCCAUUCCAACUUGCACUCUAAGAAAAGAAAAGCACCCAAACCAAACAAGCCUUAGUAUUAGCCAUCAUCAGCUCAAACCUUCAAUACAGAUUUCGUUCUUUAUCUUUUCAAGAAUCAAUCAGAAGGAAGGAAAAAAAAAAAAAGAUAAAUCUUGCAUAUAUCUGCAACUUUGUGCUUAUAUAAUACAAGUAAUGGCGUAUGUAGACCACGCAUUUUCGAUUACAGACGAUGAUUUAAUGUUAGAGACAUCUUACGUCGUCAAUAAUCGCCCUCCAAUUAAAGAGAUCGCUCUCGCCGUUGCUCUCCUAGUUUUUGGUGUUACCGGCAUCGUUUUAGGCAUUUUCAUGACUGUCAACAGAAUUGGUGGCGAUCGCGCUCACGGGCUGUUCUUUGCGAUUCUUGGGGUGGUAUUGUUUAUACCUGGAUUUUAUUAUACGAGAAUUGCUUAUUAUGCUUAUAAAGGGUACAAAGGCUUCUCUUUCGCCAAUAUACCACCUGUUUAGUGUAUUUGAUGAUGAAGCUGAAGCUAGCUCCAGUUUGCCCCAAUUACUUCUGUACAUAUCUUUCCUUCUCCAGUUGUGGUUUUUCUGUUAAUCUACUUUCUUUAGGUACUUAUGUGUUUUAAAUUGUAAGUGUCUUGAACAAUCAGUUUUUGUUGCUAUAUAGUGAUUUUGUGUAUUAUUAUUACGAUGAGAGAAUUUAGUUUUGUGAUCUUUAACUUUCUUGUCUAUGAUGCAAUAUGUUUUUAAUUCA